AUGUCGACUGAUGAUCGUUUGAAACGACUUUAUCCCGCUGUUCGUGAGAACGAGACACCAUUGCCUCGAUCAUGGAGCCCUAAAGACAAAUAUAACUUCAUAGGGCUCUCCCAGAAUAAUUUACGAGUGCAUUACAAAGGUAUGGGAAAGACUCACAAAGAUGCUGCAAGUGUUCGAGCUACUCACCCUAUACCAUCAUCAUGUGGUAUUUACUACUUUGAAGUUAAAAUUAUCAGCAAGGGUAGAGAUGGAUAUAUGGGUAUUGGAUUAUCAGCACAAGGCGUUAAUAUGAACAGAUUACCAGGAUGGGAUAAACAUUCAUAUGGUUUCCAUGGUGAUGAUGGAAAUUCAUUUUGUUCAUCUGGCGCCGGACAACAGUAUGGUCCAACAUUUACCACAGGAGAUGUUAUCGGAUGUUGUGUUAAUUUGGUAGAAAAAACCUGUUUUUACACCAAAAAUGGCAUUCAUUUAGGGGUUGCCUUCACUGCUUUACCACCCAAUCUCUACCCAACAGUUGGUUUACAAACACCAGGUGAAGUUGUAGAGGCUAAUUUUGGUCAAUCACCAUUUAUAUUUGAUAUAGAAGACUAUAUGAAGGAAUAUGAAAUGAAAACUAGGAUGACAAUAGAGAGAUUUCCUGUACCAGAUAGAAGAGGAGAAUGGCAAUCUGCUUUAAAUAGAGUUGUAUCAACAUAUUUAGUACAUCAUGGAUAUUGUAGUACUGCUGAAGCUUUCUCUAAAGUGACUGGAGAAUCUAUAGAUGAAGAUCUACCUUCUAUUAAAAACAGACAAAAAAUACAGAAGUUAGUAUUAGCUGGUAGAAUGGGAGAAGCUAUAUCAACAACACAAGACUAUUACCCUGGACUAUUAGAAAGUAACCCUAAUUUAUUAUUCACCUUAAAGUGUAGACAAUUCAUAGAAAUGGUUAACGGAACAGAUUCAGAAGUACGAGGACCGUCCAUGCACAGUCCCAAAUCUCGUCAUAGUAGUGGUAGUAACCGAUCCAGUCCUAACUCAAGUCCAGUACAUUACGGCAGCUCAACAAACAAUCUCCACCCUCAACGAACUCUGAUAGGCUCGGGCAAUAAUAGCCCCAGUCGCUCAUCUGUUAAAACUUAUAAUGCACAAAAUCAGAACUCGCAAACUCAAAAUGAGAAUAUACACAGAAUUGAGGAAGAAAUGAACACAGUGAAUUCUGAUACUCAUUCUAUGAAUGGUUCUAGUAAUCGGUAUAUUGAUGAGGAAGAUAUAGAAAUGACUGAUGGACUUAUUGAUGAACGAGUUAUAACUAACGGUAAAUCCAAUAGUGUGUGUUUGAAUGGAAAUUCUCAUACUGAUUAUUCUACAGAAGAUAUGGAAGUGGACUGUCCCAAUAGUAAGAGAAAGUUAUGUGGUGGAAGCCAAGAUGCAAUAAGUAAAAUGUUACAGUUUGGUAAAGAACUACAAAGUAUGAGUGAACAAUUAAAAAGACAAUUUGGAAAAAAUGAUGCAAAUAAAAAGGCAUUACAAGAUGCUUUUAGUUUAUUGGCAUAUUCUGAUCCAUGGAAUAGUCCAGUAGGUCAUCAAUUACAACCUGUUAAAAGAGAACCAGUGUGUGCCGCUUUAAAUAGUGCCAUAUUAGAAUCCAAAGGAUUGCCAAAACAGCCACCUUUAGAAGUGGCAAUAGCUCAGGCCACAGAAUGCAUGAAAUUAAUGGCGAAAGCUGGUAUUGGAUCAUGUGCAUUUGCCAGUGUCUCAGACUAUCUUCAUUGA